AUGAAGAUAACGCAGCCUGGAGACGGGGACCCGGUCCGGGUGGCGGUAAAGAAACGAGCCCCCGUCUGUGCGGAUACCGGGCCCAUCCCCCGCGUGUCUCCCGGGCUGCGGGGCGCAGGGGGCUGCCGGGUGCGCUUGGCUGAGGCGCUGAGCGACCCCCUCCCUCCUCGCCACACCCUGGCUGCCCGCUCCCGCCAGGCCUUGCCGGACCCGGUAGCGUCUACUAUUCCCCGUCACCCGUCGCCUCGGGCGGGGAUCGGCACCCCAAGCGCAAAGCUGACGUGCCCCCCGGAACGGUCCCCCCCAUCUCCCACCGCCCAGUCCCCGGCAGCGAUGAGACAGAGCGGCGCCUCCCAGCCCCUGCUGAUCAACAUGUACCUGCCAGAUCCCGUCGGAGAUGGUCUUUUUAAGGAAGGGAAGAACCCGAGCUGGGGGCCGCUGAGCCCCGCGGUGCAGAAAGGCAGCGGGCAGAUCCAGUUGUGGCAGUUUCUACUGGAGCUGCUGGCAGACCGCGCAAACGCCGGCUGCAUCGCGUGGGAGGGCGGCCACGGCGAGUUCAAACUCACCGACCCCGACGAGGUGGCAAGACGCUGGGGCGAGCGCAAGAGCAAGCCCAACAUGAACUAUGACAAGCUAAGCCGCGCACUGCGCUACUACUACGAUAAAAACAUCAUGAGCAAGUGCAAGCCCCCACCCUGCACGAACGCACCCUUCAGCACCACGGACAGCGAACCGGAGGCCUUUUCUUUGCUGGCCCCUCCCGGAACUCUUUCUGGAUCUUCACGGCCGCAGUGCCGACCAGACUCGCAACCGCAAACGUUCUACCAGUAG